AUGGCUGUGCCGCCAUGGCGACAUGUCAGUUGGCGCCACACAACGCCACCGCCUCCGUUUGGAUCACGGCUAUUGUUCUGCCCACCAGUAACAGGGGGGUUGGGCGCUUCCGCCUCGCGCCAUGAUUGCGAAGCGGCCGGCAUUUACGGCGAAUCACGGAUGUCGUCCGGGAAGGUGCUUGUGAGAGCCGUCGCCCGCACCUUGCCAUCUCACAUGUACAACCCGGGUAUCUGCAACUCUGGUUUCUUUGUCUCGCUCCAGCCACGAAAUGAGACGCAUGUCGUUAAUAUUGCAACGGCCAGUCGUAAGCCAAGCUCGGGUUGCAGAUGCCGCCUGACGGGAAGGGUAAAAAAGAAGAUGUGA